GGAGGUCACGCAGCGCUGGCCAGUCAGCCAUGUUGGCUCCAUCAGCAGCGCAGGAUGCAGCGGGGCUGAGCGGCUGCGAACAGAAGAGGGAGUUUUCUGCCUGUGGAGAAAGCUGAGGAGCCGAGACCCCCACCGGACCCCACCGAGAUUUUAAAGCAAAACACACCGCGAGCUAAAGACAUCAUCCGCACGAACCGAAUAAACGCGCUGUUCAAGAGCAACAAACCCCAGCGCGGCUUCCCGAAUAACGGAUGGACCGGAGACGAUAUUGCCAGGAUUUCAUACUACGGAGAAUAUGACAGACACCUAGCAUCUCCCAACGGCAUGGCAACAGGAUACCCGGACCCUAAUGUCAAUAACCAUGGCCUAAGUCAGGGUGUGAAACCACGCUUCAGUGGAGGGAUGGAGCGACCUCCCGGGACGCUGGAGCGUGUGCUCAAAGUCUUCCAUUAUUUCGAAAACAGCAGUGAACCCUCCACAUGGGCAAGCAACAUCAGACACGGAGAUUCCACCGACAUCAAGGGGAUCAUCCAGAAGAUUGUGGAUAUCCACAAGGUGAGGUGUGUUGCGUGUUUCGGUAUGAGGCUCAGCCACCUGAAGACAGGCGAGACACACUGGCUUCACCCGGACAUGGGCGUCUCACACGUAAGGGAGCGAUACGAGCGCCGCCACCCACAGGACGAGUGGAGGUAUGAGCUGCGAAUACGCUACCUGCCAAAAUCUUUCUUAAACCAGUUUACAGAAGACCAGCCAGCACUUAACUACUUUUACCACCAGGUGAGAAGCGAUUAUAUGGUGGAAGUAGCUGAUCAAGUCGAUCAGGACAUUGCACUUAAACUGGGCUGCCUUGAAAUCAGGAGGUUUUUCAGAGAGAUGCCAGGAAAUGCCCUUGAUAAAAAAUCCAAUUAUGAAUUACUAGAAAAAGAUGUUGGUCUGAGGAGAUUUUUUCCAAAAAGCCUGUUGGACUUGAUCAAGCCAAAAACAUUACGCAAGUCGAUCCAGCAGACCUUCAAGUUGUUCGCCAACCUUAAUGAUGAGCAGAGCAUCAUCAAGUUCUUUGAAAUCCUGUCACCAAUUUAUAGAUUUGAUAAAGAAUGCUUUAAGUGUGCUCUUGGGUCCAGCUGGGUGAUAGCAGUCGAGCUAGCCAUUGGCCCUGAGGAAGGAAUCAGCUACCUCACUGACAAAGGCUCAGCUCCGACACACUUGGCCAACUUCACCCAGGUGACGAGUAUACAGUUUGAGGAACAGGAGAAGAAGGGCAUUCUGCAGUUGGAUGUAGCUGGUGCAGCAGAGCCUCUAAAGGUGACAACACCAUGUGUGAGCACAGCAGAGAACAUGGCCGACCUUAUUGAUGGUUAUUGCCGCCUUGUCAACAAAACCUCAUUAUCCUUCAUUGUCCGUGUGCAGAAAGAGGGGGAGAGAGCGCUGCCUUCACUCCCAAAGGCUCCAAAAGCCUCGAACCAUGACAAGCGACUGCAGAGCGUCAGGGCCAAGGCUGUCUCCGUCUCAGAUGAGAUUAGUGGAGACGAGACAGACGACUAUGCGGAGAUCAUAGAUGAAGAGGACACGUACACCAUGCCCUCCAAAUACUAUGGACUAGAUGAAGCCAGGGAUUAUGAGAUCCAGAGAGAAAGAAUUGAGCUGGGCCUCUGUAUAGGAGAAGGCCAGUUUGGAGAUGUCCACCAAGGAGUCUACGUUUGUCCGGACAGUCCGGCCCUCUCUGUGGCUAUAAAGACUUGCAAAAACAGCACGGCGGACAGCGUCCGAGAGAAAUUCCUCCAGGAGGCCUUAACCAUGCGGCAGUUUGACCACCCGCACAUUGUGAAACUGAUCGGCGUCAUCACGGAAAAUCCGGUGUGGAUCAUUAUGGAGCUCUGCACGUUGGGAGAGUUGCGCUCAUUUCUGCAAGUACGGAAGUACAGCUUGGACCUGGCAUCACUGAUCCUGUAUUCCUACCAGCUCAGCACGGCUCUCGCCUACUUGGAGAGCAAACGCUUUGUGCACAGAGACAUAGCUGCUCGAAACGUCCUGGUGUCAUCUGUAGACUGCGUGAAACUGGGGGACUUUGGUCUGUCCAGAUACAUGGAGGACAGCUCCUAUUAUAAAGCUUCUAAAGGAAAGCUGCCUAUUAAAUGGAUGGCCCCAGAAUCCAUUAACUUCAGACGUUUUACAUCAUCCAGUGAUGUGUGGAUGUUUGGCGUGUGUAUGUGGGAGAUACUGAUGUAUGGAGUGAAGCCCUUUCAAGGCGUGAAGAACAACGAUGUGAUCGGCCGUAUCGAGAAUGGCGAGCGACUGGCCAUGCCCCACAACUGCCCCCCCACUCUGUACAGUCUGAUGACCAAGUGCUGGGCUUACGAACCGAGCAAACGGCCUCGCUUCAACGAGCUCAAAGCACAGCUGAGCACCAUCCUCGCCGAGGCGAAGGCUCAGCAGGAGGAGCGCAGUCGGAUGGAGAUGAGGAGGCAGGUGAACGCGUCGUGGGAUUCAGGAGGCUCAGAUGAGGCACCCCCAAAACCCAGCAGACCUGGUUAUCCAAGUCCACGCUCGAGUGAAAGUUUCUACCCCAGUCCCCAACACAUGGGCCAGCACAAUCACUUUCAGAUGGGAGGCUACCCAGGCCCUCAUGCCAUGCCCUCCUCCAUGCCCAGUGGACUGUAUCCUCCACAGGUCUCAGGCAUGGGGCUCGACCUCCACGACGGUUGGAAUCAUCACCGAGCUGCUCAGGACAUGUGGAACCCCAACAUGGAGGACGGUGGUGUGCUGAGGGCUGGGAUGGGUCAGCCCCUUCCGCCUCACCUGAUGGAGGAGCAGCUGAUGUUGCAGCAGCAGCAGAUGGAGGAGGACCAGCGCUGGCUAGAGCAAGAGGAGCGUUUAAUGAAACCAGACUCUAGGAAUUCCAGAGGCAGUAUAGACCGAGAGGACGUCAGUCUGCAGGGACCACCAGGAAACCAGCACGUCUACCAGCCAGUCGGGAAAGCAGAUCAUGUUGUUCCUCCUAAAAAGCCUCCCCGGCCUGGAGCCUCGGGUCACGCCGGCAGUGCGGCCUGCCUCAACACUGCAGACAGCUACAACGACGGAGUCAAGCUCCAGCCUCAAGAGAUUAGCUCUCCCCCUACAGCUAAUCUGGACCGUUCAAAUGAUAAAGUCUAUGAGAAUGUGACAGCGUUGGUGAAGGCUGUGAUCGAGAUGUCGAGUAAAAUUCAGCCUGCUCCGCCAGAGGAAUAUGUGCCUAUGGUGAAGGAUGUAGGUUUAGCACUGAGGAAUCUCCUGGCCACAGUGGAUGAGACGAUUCCCCUGCUGCCGGCUCACACGCACCGAGAGGUUGAGAUGGCUCAGAAGCUGCUGAACUCUGACCUGGCCGAGCUGAUUAACAAGAUGAAGCUUGCACAACAGUACGUGAUGACAAGCCUGCAGCAGGACUACAAGAAGCAGAUGCUGACGGCUGCCCACGCACUCGCUGUUGACGCCAAGAACCUCCUAGAUGUGAUCGACCAGGCCAGGCUGAAGAUGCUGGGCCAGGCAAGGCCGCACUAGAGACAUGUUUGAGCCUCACUACUCACCAGCACAGAACUACUAAACUAGCACACGGACAUGAUGCUCAUAACACUCCACGUUCUCACUCCAGCCUGUCUGUCGGGAGCGCAGCAGGGUUUUUUAAAAAGGAGUGGCAGAAUCAGGAGCUGUCAGAGUGAGAUUUGCGUUGGGACUGCUGUAUUCUACUAACAUAUUAGAAGAAGAUCUGGAUUAACUAUGAGCCACUGAGGCGGAAACGCCGUGUCAUUGUAUAGGUCUCUGGAGAACAGAAGACGUCCUCACACUGUAUUUACCAGUUCUGUAUCUCAUUGGCGAGCCUCUGCUCCACAGCUACACUUAACAAAAUGGUGAACCAGCUUGACAGGGCCUCUAUGAACAUGCACCAGUGUUUGAUAAACUCUAAAGAUCUAAUCCAGUGUGUUUUGUCUGGAUGUGGAGCAAAGGCCUUAUGUGCCUCUCCACACCUCUGAAGGAGAGGGUUGUGUAUAUUUUGGCCAUGUGCCACCUAGGAUUAAAAUAAAGCUAUGUCUCAAACAAAA